AUGACAGUGACAUACUCGCGCAGGGUUGCCGAUGCUCGUCUUGGGACCUUCUCUCACCUCUUACUGCGGUGGAAAGGAAGCAUUUACAAGCUGCUGUACCGAGAGCUGCUUAUCUUUAUGGUGCUUUACUACAUCAUCAGUGUCCUUUACAGAUUCCUCUUGGAUGAUGGGCAGAGGAGGAUGUUUGAGAAACUCGCCAUUUACUGUGAUCAGUAUGCACAACUCAUCCCUGUAUCAUUUGUUCUGGGUUUUUAUGUUACUCUGGUGGUAUCUCGCUGGUGGGGGCAGUUUGAGAGCACCCCAUGGCCAGAUCGCUUGGCAAUGUUGGUCGGGGGAUACGUCCGGGGGGCAGAUGAAGGUGCCAAGCUAAUCCGCAGGAGUCUGGUGCGUUAUGCCAACCUGUCUGGCAUCCUCAUCUAUCGGUCUGUCAGCACUGCUGUCUAUAAGAGGUUUCCCACCAUGCAGCACCUGGUACAGGGAGGACUGAUGUCAGUGGAGGAACUAAAGCAGCUGGAAGAACUGCCUUCUCCUCAUAAUAAAUUCUGGGUUCCUUGCGUGUGGUUUGUGAAUCUGGCACUGAGAGCACGGACAGAGGGACGCAUCAACAACGACGUUGCACUCUCUGCCAUUCUAAACGAGUUAAAUACGUUGCGCUCACAGUGCAUGAAGCUGUACAGUUAUGACUGGAUCAGUCUGCCACUUGUUUACACUCAGGUGGUAACUGUAGCUGUAUACAGUUUCUUCUUGGCUUGUCUGAUUGGUCGCCAGUUUCUCGACCCUGCCCAGGGCUACCAGGGUCACAACCUGGACUUCUAUCUUCCUGUCUUCACACUGCUGCAGUUCUUCUUCUAUGUUGGCUGGCUCAAGGUGGCAGAGCAACUUAUCAAUCCUUUCGGGGAAGAUGAUGAUGACUUUGAGACAAACUGGCUGGUGGAUCGCAACCUUCAGGUAUCUCUGUUGUCAGUUGAUGAAAUGUAUGAUCUGCUUCCGAUGAUAAAGAAGGAUAAAUACUGGAACGAAUCAGAGCCUCAGGCGCCGUAUACAGCUGCCAGUGCUGAACACCAAAAACCCUCGUACAUGGGCUCUGCUCUGGACAUCAGUGUUUCCAAAGAAGAUAUGGAAUUUCAGCAUAACCUGGAGCAGAUCAAGGAACAUGAGGAAGCCAACCACUCCACUCCUCUUUUAGGCAAUCUGACUCGUUUGCUUGGCGUGCAGUCAUCGAAUUUUCACCGCUCUUCGACUACAUCUUCUUCCUCUAGGGUUUCUCUUCUCCGUCGCCGCCCACGUGCUCCUUUUAGCCGUUUCCCUCUCUACCUGCAUCCGGAAGCCCCUGUGAUGCAGAACCAGAACCAAAAUCCGCCUGAAUAUGACAUGGCUGAGUAUGCUUUUUCUGCCAUGCCCCUGUACGAGAGACCUGGCUUCUAUAGUUGCCCUCAGACACCCAUCCACUGUGUGCCUCCAUCUGUUGUUAAUCGUUCUCGCCCACAACGAAGAGCACUGGGUGACCUGGUGCAAAGCACCAGCUCAGAUUCUUACUCUCUGCUAGGCUCACAUCUGUUGCCUCCUGAUACGCCAGGUCGCAUGCCCUGUGCCACAGGCUUCACUUGGAUACCAGAGGAUGGCUCAGAAAACCCUUCUGCAUCCACUUUCUCCUUCCCUGAUCCUGCAGCAGAGAUGUGCCCUCCAAGCAAAGUGUGGCCAAAUCAGGCAUUGCUAUCCCAUCGUCCACUGCCUUCUUGUCUUUCAAUGGACACUCCUCUUCCAACAGAAGGACAGCUGGGACCGUUGAGUGCCCGUGCACUCAGUGGAGGCGGAGAGAGAGUGUUCUCCUUCACUCCUCCCAUACGAAAUUCCAUUCAGAGCAGCAGGAGCUCAGGGUGCAUAAACGCAUCCAGCACAGCCAACAGCAACACCAACAAUACCAACAGCAGCAUGGGUAACCUGUGUAGUUUCAUGGGUCUUGCAUGUGGCUCUAGUAGCAACACAAGACUGGUCAACAGAGGCACUAUGACAUUGAAUAACUCAACCAGUCCCAUCACUCCUACUACUGCAAACACAAUACAGCAAACAGCCAGUCAACAACAUACCCCCAAGGAUUCUGGGAUCUCAUUAUCUCAGGAGGAUUUACUGGGAGGUUUAGUGGUGCAGAAUGGAACUGCGAUACCCAGUAGGGUGCAGGAACAGUGAGUUCAUUGAAGAGUUCCUUCUUUAUGCUGCAUGUAAA